GUUCGUGUGUUCUGUGCCUCUAUGUGUGUAUCUCUCCGUUAGCUCAGCGCUAGCCCGUUAGCCUACGUCACACACACACACACACAGCACCGCUGAGCAUGGCGGACGGGACCGACUUCCAGGAGCUGGAGGCCGGGGAGGACCUGUUCCCGGAGCCGGCGGACAGCCUGGAGUCAGAACCAGCCAGUCUACCUGCUGAGGACCUCAGCACCAACUCAAAUGGACCCAAACAGGAUUCACUGUUCGACGACGAUCCAGAGGAUCUGUUCGCAGAAGCCACAGAGGAGGUUUCGUUGGACAGUCCUGAGAGAGACGUCCUUCUGUCCGACGGCCCGUCUCCCGCCAUCACCCCCAUCACCCCUCCCUGCUCCGUCAUCACCCCUCGCCUCGGCCUCACCCACGACGACAUGUUCACACACUCCUCCUUCGACGAGAUUGAAGAAGUGGAAGGCGGCGAUUCAUUCGACAUGCACAUAUCAGUGUCUGACCCCGAGAAAGUGGGUGAUGGGAUGAAUGCGUACAUGGCCUACAAAGUGUCCAUCAAGACCUCCAUGUCUUUGUUCAAGAGCCGCGAGUUUUCGGUAAAAAGGCGUUUCAGUGAUUUUCUGGGUCUGCACAGCAAACUGGCCUCCAAGUAUCUGCACGGAGGCUACAUCGUCCCCCCCGCACCGGAGAAAAGCAUUGUGGGGAUGACCAAGGUGAAGGUCGGGAAGGAGGACCAGUCGUCCAACGAGUUUGUGGAGAAGAGGAGGUCGGCUUUGGAGAGGUAUCUGAUGAGAACGGUGAAGCAUCCCAUCCUGCUGAAGGAUCCAGAUGUUCUGCAGUUUCUGGAGAGCUCAGAGUUGCCGCGGGCCGUCAGCACUCAGGCUCUGAGCAGCGCCGGACUCCUCCGAAUGGUCAACAAGGCCGCCGACGCCGUCAACAAGAUGACCAUCAAGAUGAACGAGUCUGACGCUUGGUUUGAGGAGAAGCAGCAGCAUUUUGAGAAUCUGGAUGUUCAGCUGAGGAAGCUUCACGCCAGCGUUGAGUCUCUGGUCUGUCACAGGAAAGAGCUGUCGGUGAACACGGCUCAGUUCGCCAAGUCGGCGGCCAUGUUGGGAAACAGCGAGGACCACACGGCGUUGUCCCGCGCUCUGUCCCAGCUGGCCGAGGUGGAGGAGAAGAUCGACCAGCUGCACCAGGACCAGGCCCACGCUGACUUCUACUUCUUCUCCGAGCUGCUGGGAGACUACGUCCGCCUCAUCACCGCCGUCAAGGGUGUGUUUGACCACCGGAUGAAGACGUGGCAGAAGUGGCAGGACAGUCAGAUGUUGCUGCAGAAGAAACGAGAAGCUGAAGCCAAACUUCAGUUCAACAACAAACCGGACAAACUGCAGCAGGCCAAGGACGAGAUCAAAGAGCUGGAGGGUAAAGUCCAGCAGGGAGAGAGAGACUUUGAACAAAUCUCCAAAACUAUACGCAAAGAAGUCAGCAGGUUUGAGAAAGAGAGAGUGAAGGACUUUAAAUCAAUCAUCAUCAAAUACCUGGAGUCUCUGGUUCAGACACAACAGCAGCUGAUAAAAUACUGGGAUGCCUUCUUACCCGAAGCCAAGGCCAUCUCAUAGAGUCCACACAGACACAACAGACUGGCUCCGGUCAAACUACACUACCCACAAUGCACCGCUCCCCUCCUGUCUAUGCCCCGAGUGAAGAAGAGAAGUUAAAGGCAGCCAAUCAGCUCCAAGUGACUUUUCUGCAGUUAAAAAAACCAACACAAGAUAAACUCUUGAAUUUACAGUUUGUCAUCUUUUAUUUUUAUUCGUUUUCUUUCCUGCUGAACUCGGUGAUGCGUUCAAGUCCUGUCAGAGUAAUCAAUGCUUUCACAAUAAUACUGUAAUAUUAACCACAGUUUUGCACUCUUCAUACUAAUUUCUUCUUGGUGUUAUCAGAAUUCAGCAAAAUUCAAAAGAUUUUGUUUAUAAAAAUGAAACCUGCAAAGUUAUUUUCAAGCCAGAAGCUCAUAAUCCCGCAUGACAUGAACGCAGCACGAGUUUUCAGAUCCUGGUGACGGCUUUUCUUCUCUUUACUGAACAUGGUGUCAGUUUUUACCACUUAAAGGAAAAACAGACCCGACACCAGAAGAGAAUGAGGAACCUCAUCCUAAAUUUGUAUUUAAGGUUUAUUUUUAGGGAUUAACCUAAAUGUUUCUCUACAAAGACAGAUUCACACAUUCUAACGUAAAGAAAUGAACUUUUUUUAUGGUAGUAUGGAAGCUCGUUACUGCCAUAAAAAUGAAGAAAAUAUGAAAGUCAGGAAUGAUAAAACAUUUUUUUUAUUAUAGAUCAUGGACAAUGAUGUAAAACUUCACUACAUUUAUGAACAAUACAAAUUUUUCACAAAAUUUAAAUUCCGAAUGAAACACUUAAGGCGGUUAUCUUUUUGUUUCGCUACGUAAUUUAUGAUUUUAGUGCUAAAAAACGUUUUUUUUAUGCCAGAGUGAUCAAAAAGCAUGUGAGCAGUCUGAGAUUGACAUUUAAACUCAAUUUUCUGUAUUUGCAGAUAUUAAAAGAAUUAAGCAUAAUAUCCAGAAAAAGCCAAAAAGUGAACAUUGAAUUUAGAAUAUUUUAGUUCUUAAACGGGCAGCGUUGCUCUAAAUCUCCUUAUUCAGUAUUUAUAAACAGCAUAUAUUAUAAACAAAUAGUUAAUAAAACACUAUAUUGUUGUUUUAAUCAAAUAUAAGUGUUUAUUUUUUGUCAAUAACUGUAACACCCAUAACUGGAGGCUGCUGUAUAAACAUAUUGAAUUACACUGAAGUAAAAACACAGCUGUUUCACAUUUAUAAUAAUGUCAAAUAUGUCUUCUAAGUACAAUUUGUAAUUGUUGACAAAUACUUUGCGUUGACAAACACAUAAAAUGUUCUUAUAACUGCUUAUAACUAAAUGAUAUUGGGUUUUGAACAAGUUAUUAAACGCUUAAUAGGACUUUAGAUUGUUUAUGUUUAUCAAUCCUGACUUUUCAUUUCUUCUUGUUUUCAUGGCGUGAAAGGUCUUCCAUACAUUGUCCCUAAGUACUACAGUACCCAUGAGCCUCAGCGGUUGAAGUCGAUGUGAAGUCAAGAGUUGAAGCAUAUUCUGAACAAAUCCAAAAUGAAUUGUUUCAAAUUGUUUUCUUUACUUCAUCCUACAAUUUUCCCGCCUGGCAACAAAAUAUCUAAAGCUUUCUGAUUGGGUUUUGUCUUGAUGCAGUGAUCUCUGGGUGUUGUAGUUUAAUUUACUAACCCAGUUUUUUUCUUUUUUCCAAUGAAGCAGAUGUUUUUUUUGUCUGGCUCAGUGUUUGAAACCAGGAAUGUGAAAAUGUAACUGCAAGAAGCUGCGAUUAUCUUUUUGAAUUUCAAUCCAUAAACCAACAUUUGAUUAUUCGAGGAGUUUUAUCCGGCGCUACGUCUUGUUAUGCUAACAGCGCUAUUAGCUUUGUGUUAAGACAGAACUGCACGAGAACCACUCAAACAAAUUAGAACGAGAGCUGUGAAUCUGAUCCGGAGUCAGUGAUGAAGGACGACUGACUGCUUCCUUUCUGUUAUUUUGUGUCUUGUACUUCCUGUUCGAUCCCCUCACUUAUCCCCCUUUACUCGCAUUUCAAAACAACUUUAAUUUCCGUUGCUGUAUGAUCGUAAGUGAAGGCAACGUUGUCUCCUUUUCAUGAAGAAAUCAAACAUGCUUGUUGAUGCUAACACGCUGUUUCCAAUGCAGAGGAAGGACUUCCUGUUGAAGGAUAAUUGAAGAGGCCAGAGUUGAAAUGUCAGGGGUGGAGGAUGUGAGUGAUUGUCGUGUGACAGUGUCUGUCCGUCCGUCCGUCCAGAGGGCAGAAUGUUUCUCCUGUUGAUCAGUGUGAGCGCCGCAGUUAGAAAUAUUGAACGUGUUUCUUGAUUUUAUUUUGUUGAAUUUAAAGCACACUUCUUUAUCAGGAUCAAAUCUGACAUCCUGAAGAUACAAAUGUUUUUUCAUCUCUGAUUGAAGUUGAAAUUAAAACUGGAAUUAUAAUUGUUUUAGCCGUCUUGAAUCAUAAAACACUGCAUUGAUUGCUACCUUUUUGUAUUUUAUUGUGUUUCAUUCCACAUUUCUUUUUUCGCCUAAAUGAUGUGCAAUGGUUGAGUAUUUUCAGUUGAUUUUAUUUUUUGUUAUUGAUGAUGAUGAUGAUGAAAUUCUUUAUCUAAGCAGCUUUUUUUAAGUCUUUUUGUUUUGAUGUGACAUUCCUGCAGCGCGGCAGAGCAGAACUUUAAUUACAAUAAAGGAAU